AUGCCUUCUGAAACGUUAUCACAAAGUAAAGAAAAUCUACCAUUGACACGGGCAAGAGGGGAAAACGACAUGGAGACAUUUCCAGUAGCUAAAAAACGUAAAAUUGAGGCUACGAGCUCCUUUGCAAGUCAACUUCCCGCGUCACAACAAACUUCAUUCGCCGAAAUACUUGAACGCUUGAAAGAAGAAGGCGCUGCGGGGUACAUUGGCUCCGAGGGUGGCGAGGGGGAAUGGGCUAGACCUACCCUCCGUAAUAUAAAUGAGAAGAAGGAUUCAAUAAUUUUUCAGCAGAUUGAUAUCGAAACUGCCUCAAACAGUGAUGGGUCCGUCAUACUACGGAUGUUUGGAGUAACAGAGGAAGGCCACAGCGUUCUUGCGAGCAUUACAAAUUUCAAGCCAUACUUCUACGUUCCUGCACCAAGGGGAUUCACGUCAGACGAUUUGGAACCAUUCAAGAAUUACUUGACUGGUCAACUCGAAUCCGGAAGCCUGGUGAUCAGCAUUGAAACUGUCAUGCAAAAAAGCUUGUGGGGAUAUCGCGGAGACGACCAAAUUCCAUUUCUCAAGUUUACGCUAUCAGAUCCAAGAAGCGUACCGAAAUUAAGAGAUGAGUUCCACAAAUUAUCGUUGAGUGUGCAAAUCCUGAUUCCCCCUUACGUCUCUUUGAUAAAGGAGAAUGCCAAUAUGAGGGUUGUUGGUAUGAACUGGAUUGAAGUUCCUGCCGGAAAGUAUCAAAUUACACCUCCCUCAAUGAAACGUUCAUCAUGUCAACUUGAAAUCACUCUUCGCUACGAUGCUUUCAUAUCUCAUGCUCCUGAAGAUAGUUGGUCUAAGAUUGCUCCCUUGAGAAUCUUGAGCUUCGAUAUUGAAUGCGCUGGUCGGCAAGGAGUUUUUCCCGAAGCCAAUGUAGACCCUGUAAUCCAAAUAGCUAAUAUGGUGACCCGGCAAGGGGAAUCAAAACCUUUCAUUCGUAAUGUCUUCACGCUCAAGGACUGCUCACAUAUCGUUGGAUCUCAAGUGCUAUCUUACGAGGAAGAAGAAGACAUGUUACAAGCUUGGAGGGAUUUCGUAGAAGAGGUCGACCCUGAUGUAGUUAUUGGAUACAAUAUCUCCAAUUUCGAUUUCCCCUAUUUGAUCGACAGGGCCAAGGCUCUCAAAUGCUUGAAAUUCCCUUACCUUGGACGCAUGAAAGGUGUCAAAACGGAAACGAAGUCGACCCACUUUUCUUCCAAGGCCUAUGGUCAACGGGAUUCCAAGGAAACACCUCUUGAUGGAAGGUUACAGCUCGAUCUACUCCAAUAUAUGCAAAGAGAACACAAGCUCCGCAGUUACACUCUUAACGCCGUAUGUGCUCAAUUUUUGGGCGAGCAGAAAGAGGACGUACACUAUUCGGUUAUUACUGAAUUACAAAAAGGUUCGCCUGAAUCGAGGCGUCGUUUGGCUGUUUAUUGCUUAAAGGAUGCAUACCUUCCGCAGCGUUUACUCGACAAACUAAUGUGCCUGGUCAACUAUAUUGAAAUGUCCCGUGUUACUGGAGUUCCAUUCAACUAUUUACUUUCGCGUGGCCAAUCGAUCAAAGUUUUAUCCCAGCUCUAUCGAAAAGCAAACGCAGAAGGCUACUUGGUACCUGCUGGAAAGGGAGAAGGUACCGACGAACAGUACGAAGGAGCAACUGUUAUUGAACCCAAGAAGGGUUACUACGACGUCCCGAUCGCUACUCUAGAUUUUGCCUCUCUAUAUCCCUCCAUCAUGAUGGCUCACAAUUUGUGCUACACUACUCUUCUUGAGAAAGCAACCAUCGAUCGACUUGGGCUACAGAAAGAUGUUGAUUACAUUCAAACCCCUAAUAAUGACUUGUUCGCCACUUCUUCACGACGGAAGGGGUUGCUUCCUACGAUCUUGGAGGAUUUAAUCUCCGCAAGAAAGCGCGCUAAAGCAGAUUUAAAGAAAGAGACAGAUCCUUUCAAAAAGGCCGUCUUAGAUGGUCGACAGUUGGCAUUGAAGAUCAGUGCUAAUUCUGUGUAUGGUUUCACUGGAGCAACAAUAGGAAAAUUACCUUGUUUGGCUAUUUCAUCGAGUGUCACGGCAUAUGGUCGUCAAAUGAUCGAAAAGACAAAACAAGAAGUUGAAUCGGAAUACAGCAUAGCCAAUGGCCAUAGUCAUGAUGCCGAAGUAAUCUAUGGUGAUACCGAUUCUGUCAUGGUCCGAUUUGGGCCUACCGAUCUGGCGACAGUCAUGGACUUGGGUCGCGAGGCUGCGAAGCUUGUCACCCAAAAGUUCAUCAGACCGAUCAAUCUUGAAUUUGAGAAAGUUUAUUAUCCCUACUUGCUUAUCAGCAAGAAGCGUUAUGCCGGCCUUUACUGGACAAAAACAGAGAAAUAUGACAAAAUGGAUGCAAAGGGUAUUGAGACUGUGCGUCGAGAUAAUUGUCGCUUAGUGUCAACGGUCAUCGAAACAUGUCUCCAUAAAAUGUUGAUCGACAGAGAUGUUAAAGGAGCGGAAGAGUAUACGAAACGUACAAUUUCCGACUUGUUGCAAAACAAAGUCGAUAUGUCACAACUUGUCAUCACAAAGGCGCUUUCUAAAACUGAUUACGUUGGUAAACAGGCUCACGUAGAGCUGGCGGAGAGGAUGAAGCAGCGCGACGCAGGUUCUGCUCCCACUCUCGGUGAUCGGGUUGCCUAUGUUAUCAUCAAGGGUAUCAAAGGAGCGGCAGCAUAUGAAAAGUCAGAGGAUCCGAUAUAUGUUCUAGAUAACAACAUACCCAUCGACACCAAAUACUACCUCGAAAAUCAACUGUCAAAGCCACUCCUUCGUAUCUUCGAGCCCAUCUUGGGUGAAAAGGCAUCCUCAUUAUUGUCCGGUGACCAUACACGUACAAUCCAGAUCGCCACCCCUACGGUCGGUGGUUUGAUGAAAUUUGCCGUAAAAACUGUCACUUGCCUUGGUUGCAAAACGCCCUUACGAGGCAAGGAAGCUAACGGUGCUCUAUGCAAAAACUGUAAACCUAGAAUGCAAGAAUUUUAUUACAAGCAAGUCAUGGCGGCAUCAGAGCUUCAAGUGCGCUAUUCAAGAUUAUGGACGCAAUGUCAGCGUUGUCAGGGUUCCUUACAUCAGGAUGUCCUCUGUACCAGUAAAGACUGCCCUAUUUUUUACAUGCGGAAAAAGGCCCAAAAGGACGUGGAGGAUGCGAACGCGGUUCUCGACCGCUUUGAUGGUACCGAUUGGUGA